AUGAGUAAAAGUCAACCAUGGGGACGCGAGAAGGAGAAAGGGAGGAGGUACGAGAAGCAGGGCACGAAGAAGAGGGAGGCGAUUGGGCUGGGUUCGGUGGCGACGGGUGUUGACGGUGAAGGCGAAGGUGGUGGUGGUUUGUGCUGCGGUGGUACAGGCGAGAGAAGGAGGAGGGAGUGCGAAGGAGGCGAGAAAACAGAGGAGUUUGGGAGUGGGUUUUUCGAUGAGUUCCGAGGAGGAGAAAGGGUCGUUGGUGGCUGGCUGGGCGGCGCGAAAGGAGGAGAGAGCAGGGGAGGGAGUUGCGGUGGGGUGGUGGUGUUCGGUGGUUUUGGGUGGUCGGGAGAUGCGGGGUGGUGGAGUGGUGGUGAGAAUGGUGGUGCACGGUGGUUGAGGUGGUUGUUGUUGGUGGUUGGUUGGAUUGAAUCACAGAAAAACAAGGAUUGA